CACUGGCCACUAAUAACUCCCAAGCAACAGCCGUAGAAGCAGACCCGUCACUCACAUCGCAUGAUCUUUAUCCACAUCUCAAAUUAUAUGUGGUCUGCUCAUCAUAUCAUUCCCUUCGCAUGAUCACCCCAUUAUUAUUUCACUAACCAACUCUCCCUCCCCAAUUAAUUCAUUUUUUCCUCUACAACUCACACCGUCAAUUCUCCAUCCAUUAAUAUGGAUUUAAUCCAUCCGAAUUGCAUAAACACUCCGUCUUUUUCCGCUAAGAAUCACAGACUCCUCCGCUCAAUCCUUCAAACUAAAUCAAACGAUAGAUUUUCAUCUAUCGCGCCGGCCGCGGCGGCGGCUUCAUCGUCGCCUCAAAAUUCAAGAAAUGGAACGCUUACGACCAGCCGGAGAAUCAGAACUACUUCAGAGUUGGUCGGCAAGUCUAGCGACGCCAUGGAGCAGCUCGACAUUGAACGCGGCGUUUGCGUUCCUUUUCGCAAGUACACUCCCCAGACUGUGAGGAAUAAGGUGUUGGAAACUAGAGGAACUACACUGUCGCUAAUGCUGCGCGGAGUUGAAAUAGUAUGGAAUUUGGGAUUCUACUGGUCUUCUUUGGUGUAUGAUUACUUGGUUGGAAGGGAUAAAGAAGUGGUUCCGUAUCGUGCGCGUCAGCUUAGAAACCUUCUGUGUGAUUUAGGCCCUUCAUUCAUCAAAGCUGGCCAGGUUCUUGCUAACAGGCCUGAUAUCAUUCGAGAAGAUUACAUGAGUGAGCUGUGUAUUCUUCAAGAUGAUGUUCCUCCUUUCCCUAACGAGGUGGCUUUCAAGAUUAUAGAAGAGGAUUUAGGCCAACCACUUGAAGCUGUUUUCAGUCAAAUUUCAUCACAAACAAUUGCAGCUGCAAGUUUGGGUCAAGUUUACCGGGCUACUUUGCUUGACACUGGAGAGGAUGUUGCAAUUAAGGUGCUAAGGCCGGAGAUAGAGCCUAUAAUCUACAGGGAUCUUUUUCUUUUCAGGACUCUCGCUUCGUUCCUAAAUGGCAUCAGUUUACAGAAACUAGGAUGUAAUGCUGAACUGAUAGUUGAUGAAUUUGGAGAAAAACUAUUGGAGGAGUUGGAUUACACCUUGGAAGCCCGGAAUAUUGAAGAUUUUCUGGAAAACUUCAAAGAUGAUCCUACUGUUAAAAUUCCCCGGGUUUACAAAAAGCUAUGCGGUUCACGUGUUAUAGUAAUGGAAUGGAUAGAUGGUAUUCGGUGCACAAACCCAAAGGCAAUAAAGGAAGCUGGCAUUGACGUAGAUGGAUUUUUAACUGUUGGUGUGAGUGCUGCUUUACGGCAAUUGCUAGAAUUUGGGUUGUUCCAUGGAGAUCCGCAUCCUGGAAAUAUUUUUGCUAUGCAAGAUGGACGUAUUGCAUAUGUGGACUUUGGGAAUGUUGCUGUGCUCAGCCAGCAAAAUAAGCAGAUACUAAUAGAUGCUGUUGUGCAUGCUGUAAAUGAAGACUACGCUGAAAUGGCAAAUGAUUUCACCAGGCUUGGAUUCUUGGCUCGGGGAACUGAUGUCUCUCCUAUCGUUCCUGCCUUGGAAGCCAUUUGGCAGAACUCAGCUGGGAAAGGACUUUCUGACUUUAAUUUUAGAAGUGUUACAGGGAAGUUCAACCAGUUGGUUUACAAUUACCCCAUCCGUAUACCAGAGAGAUUUUCUCUAGUUAUUCGUUCUUUAUUGACUCAAGAGGGUAUUUGUUUCACCUUGAAGCCGGAUUUUAAGUUUCUCGAGGUCGCAUACCCAUAUGUGGCGAAGCGUCUAUUGACAGACCCAAAUCCAGCUCUACGUGAACGCCUCAUACAGGUUCUGUUUAAAGACAGUGUUUUCCAAUGGAAACGGCUUGAGAACCUCAUUGUUCUUGCAAAGGAAAAUGUAACCAAGAUGAGCAGCAAUCCAGCUUUGCAAGUGAAGAACACGCAAAAUUCAAGAAACGGGCAAGCACAAAGGAAGCUAGAUCUGACCGACACUAUCAGAGACGGAGCUCGUCUUUUCUUUGUUGAUGAAGGUAUUCGUAGACAACUGCUUUUGGCUCUCACCGAGGAUUCAAAGCUUCACAUUGAAGAGCUUGUAGAUGUUUAUAGACUGGUUGAAGAUCAAAUAGACAUGCCCUCAGUUGCGGUAGAAGUUGCACGGGACAUUCCAAAUGUUAUCCGGGAUUUCAUGCUUUCAUGGAGCGACAAGGUGUUGUAUGACAGGUGAAGGGCAAUGAGAGCUCGGUGAGGCAUCAUGUAAAGAAUAUAGAUGCCAAAAGCAGCAGGCUUCACGGUUUUGCAGAGUCUGUAUAGAAAGAACACACAGGGAAAAGGGUGCAGUAUAGAAGCAACAGGAAAUAACAUUUGUAUUUUGUAGUCUAUUAUAAUUUCUCAGCAUUUGUAUAGUAAAUGCUUUGCCUGUUGAGAUUCAAUUACCUUUUUUGCGGGAUUUGUAAUCUGAGCCUAAAUAUCUUCAGCACAUCACUCUUUUGCUUGUAUAAUAUAUACAGUGUAGUUUAUUUUGCAAAUUGAAUUAAAUUGAGGUAGUGAAGUAAAACUUCAAUUAUUGAUUUUA